UCUGAAUCGUAAAAUGAAAUAAGGGAUUUUUCAAUGGUGUGGUUAGUGUCAAUAUGUCUAAAAUAAUCAUUAUUUUACUGUUAAUUACGGGAGUAUUUUCCUUGUUAGACGACGAUGGCACAGAAAAAAUUAAACAAGAUGAAGUCAAUGAUGAUGAACUGGCGAAAGCUGCCGCUUCCAGCGAAGCUGAUACUUCAAACGAAAAGGCCGUUACGGAAGAAAACAAAGAGACAGUAAAGUCAAAACCAAAAACUAAAAAGGCACCUGUAUUGUUAGACAAACAACAAAUAAACAUGCUAGCUGAGAAAGUAAUAAGAAUACAUGGAGUAGAACCUGAGAGUGACGAUGAAGAAAAUCAAAAGAACAUAGAUAGCUUGAGACAACUUGUAGCAAAUGUGGAGAAAAAUUUAAAUGAGAAAUUAAAGCUAUCGCAAGCAAGCAAAACAAAUUUGAAUGCAGAAAAUCCAGUUACAGGAAGUCAAUCCGCACCAAGCCAAACUGCUCAAAAUCAAAAUAAUAAUGAAGGUCCAAAUGAUAAUGAAAAUCUUGAACAAAAUGUUAACGCAGUCAGUAACGCUAAAGAAAAAAGUAACGCCGAGGGAAGUGAAGAAAUCGGAAGAGAGACGAAUGUACAUGAUCAGGCAGAAAAGAAGACUACAAAUGAAAAUUUAGACACACAGAGUAAUACCGAAACUGGUACUGAUGCAGCCAAUGAAAAAUCUGAAUCUGCAGUUGAAGAAAAUGAGAAAACUAGUAAAACACAAGAGGUGAAAGUGAGUGGUAAAGAAUCAGAUGAAAAAGAACAGCAAGUAAAUGCAGAUGCAGGCAUAGUUGAAAGUAAUAUAGAAAACAGUGAGGACGUAUCGGGAGCAAGUGCAACCGAAAAUGGGAGAUCUGAAACAGGUAUCAUGAAUUCUGAAGAAGAAAAUGAGGAUACAAACGAACACAUAGCAACAGAAAUGUCAUCAAGUGAUUUACAAAGUAUCAACGAAAACAUAAAAGUAGAAACAAGUCCAGCUGAGGAUACAGAUAGUAUAAACCCUGAUGACAAGGUCGAUGAAAACAUUACAGAAAAACCUGAGGAUAAUAAGUUUGAAAAUAAUGAUAUUGAUGAUAUACACGCAGAGACAAAUGGAUCUGAAUAUGUAAGAUCUGAGGUAGAAAAAGAUAAUAAAGUUGAAGAUACAGUUGUAGAAGAUAUUAAAGAAAAUGUUGCAGAGUAUGAAGCUGCGCAAAAUGGUAUUAACGAUGAUAGAAAUGAAACGAGUUAUACUCAGUCUGAUGAAAAUGAUGAGAGUAAUGAAAAAAAUACUGAAGACGAAAUUUCAGGAGCCUGCAGUUUAAACGAUGAAUGUGAUCAAGCAGAUACCACAAAGAUUCACGUGUAUUCAGAAGCAUACAAUUCUGAAACAGUGACAGAAGAAAGGCUAGAAACCAAAACUGAGGACAGCCAUUUUCAGAGAAUAAUUAAAUUUGUAACUUCAAUUUUUUAAACUGAAACAAGCCAAAAAUGUAUUUUUUGAUAUAUUUCAAUAAAAGC